AUGGUUGCCAUUUGUCGACGAGCGGGAAUGCCCGCACAGAUGGCCUUUGACCACAUUGGUGGUAUGCUCCUUUCUUGUUAUCAUGACUGGUACCUUGCGCUAGCAGACCUACCCAGUUGGGGCCAGAGUGUCGAUUCGGAGGUCCAACAAUACAUUCGUGGAGUACAAAAUGUUGUCAAAGCUAAUCUUCACUGGAGCUUUCGUUCCGGACGGUACUUUGGAGAGGCGAAUGAAGAGGUCCGAAAGACCGGCAUCGUAACCGUGCAGCCACAGAGUGCCGAUGUUGAGCUAUCAAUUCUCUAA